AUCACCCCUUCACAAGCAUGGCUCAAAAUCGUGAUGAGCUCGAUCGGCAAACCCGUCCGCUAACAAACCCAGAUCGCCGGGUUUCACGUUACCGGGUCUCUCUCCGUCGCCGGAAGCUCCCAAUGGCUCGUCUCGGAGGCAAGAAGCCGCCGCGAGCCGUCAUGCUAGUUAGGAUGUUCAGAAAAAUCAGACUCAGGUGGCUGAAGCUCAAGUACUUAAACAUGUUGAAGAAGCUCAAAGAGUCUUACAAUAAAAUCAUGAAGGACCUCAUGGAUGCCGGUGCGACCUUUGAAACGUUCCAGCAGAGGAUCUUCAUGGAGACUACGUUCGCAAUUCCGAUGGGAGUUUCUCUUUCGAGCUACCCCUCUAUUCCCGGAUCGGAUCGGCCCAGAACCAUUUACUUUUAGAGCCAUCUUUCAUCAUGAGGAUCAAGCUAAAUCAUCAUUUUCAGAAAUAAGAAAUGCGGAUUUCCUUUUCUUGUUUCAUUUGUACGUCAAGAGAAUUAUUUUAUCUAUAAUUGAAAUAAUCUGUAUUCUAGCUCUAAGAGCUAGCUCCAAUGAAUGAAGUAAAUUAU